CGCGAGUUGAUCCUGCGCGUCUAUUCUCUCUACUAUCAUGUUUUCUUCCUCUGCAUUUCUGGCCCUGGCUGGCAUCGCAGCAGCGGGUGAAAUCCUAUGGGAUGGACGCCUCACGAACUACAGCGAUGCGUCUUUCCUAGCCGAAUGGAGCUGGUCGAACCAAGUUGGUCCAUAUCAAUACUACAUUCAUGGCUCUGGAUCAAUAGACGACUAUGUUGCGGUCUCUGCUUCGCAGUACAAGAACCCUGCCGACACUGCUACUCAUGGCAUUCAAAUUUCCAUUGACAACACCUCCAGCUGGCACGAGCAAAUCAUGAUGCGCACCGAGCUCAUUCCAUCGACCAAAGCCGCUAUAAACGCUUCAAAGGUCUUCUACCAUUACUCAAUCCAGCACACAGAGACAAAUCCUCCUACGCAGAACGAGGAGCACCAAAUCUGCUUCUUCGAGAGCCAUUUCACGGAAUUAAAGUACGGCUUGGACUCGACAAAUACUCUUCAUUGGAUGGCCGAUUCCAAAUCACAGUGGAACGUAUCACUCGAAGCUGGAGUUUGGCACAACGUAGCCUACGGAAUUGACUUCGAUGCGCAAACUGUGACUUUCUAUCACUCCACAGGUGCAGAUGAUCUGACACUCACAGCUGGUCCAGUAUCAACGACAACGUUCUCUGAUGGCAAAGACUGGCACCUAGGCGUAUUACGCUUGCCUGCGAGCUCCGGCGCCAGUGGCAUCAAGGAGAGCUGGCACUUCUCCGGAGUGUAUAUCGAAGAUGGUAAGCUAACGACUUCGAUCGCCGGAGCAUCUAGAGGAUAUGGUACUGGAGCGUAGACAGCGGCAGGAUCUUCUGCAUAAGCAGUGUCUUCCAAGGUAGCGGGGUCCACCAGUGUUGUGACGACACUGCAGACAAAGGUGAAUACGACUGGAGCAAUAGCUACCUCUACUGCAUCGGUUGAUUGCAAGGUCGUAUAUGCAUAGAAAAUGGGCAUUACCAGAAGUUCAUUUAAAUCACCG